GCAGGGGACACCUCAUGGCGCCGGCGGGGAGGCAGGCUGCGCCACAGCGGGGCACCACGGCGGCUCCGGGCCCCAGCCAGAAGCGACCUCCUCGGCGGGGGAGCGCUCGACCCGGACAAGGGUUUGUAUCUUGGAGGAAGCAAAAGAUCCAAUGGGAAUACAAGAAAUUAUUGAAGAGGGAAAGAAAAGCCAACUCUCCCCAGGAUGUUCUCUACACAGAUACUUAUCCAGAACACUUGAAGCACCUCUAUUUAGCUGAAGAGGAAAUGCUUAAGCAACAACACAAGGCUAAAAGCAAUCCAGUUUUGUUGGAACAAAAGUGCAACAUGGCAGUGAAAUCAGCUACUAAUGAAAGGAAAUGUAAGAAAACAUCAAAUCAAAAAGCAAAAGAAGAAUAUGAGAAAGUAAAGACUGAACGUGCUAAGAAGAAAGAGGCAGCAGAGAAAAGGAAACAAGAAAGAGAAGAAGCCCAAAGGCUCUAUAAACAAAAGAAAAUGGAAGCUUAUAAAAUACUAAGGAAAAGGACCAAAAAGGGACAGCCAAAUCUAAAUUUACAAAUGGAGUUUCUCCUUCAGAAAAUACAACAAAAAACAUAAGCCAGCAUAUGUAAUCUUCAAAGUGAAGAACUAAAUUUGUCCCCUAGAUAAUAUGCAUCGAGUGGUACUUUUUUAGCGUAAUUGAUUUUUUUUAAAAGUUAUGUGACAGAUUUUGCUAUUGUUCUAAUAAUUGUUCUAGAUCUAGCACAGGAAGAAGUUGUUGUCCUUAAAGGAUUUGCUGUAAUUUGAAAGCAUAUUUCCAUUUCAUGCUGAUAAUGAGAUAUGGGUCCUUUAUUAAUUAAAUGAGUAGUUCUGCUUUAUUUCAACUUCAAUUUAUGGUGAUGUUUAGAAUCCGGUAUACCAAAUGGCUAGGCAGAGUCUUACAAUUAGUAAUCCACGCUGUUUGGAAACUUCAUAAAAUAUUUUGUUUUAAAUUCUUGCAGCUCUGGUGUUAUUGACUGCUAAAACCUCUCUUCUGUGUAGAGUGAAACAAGAAGAUAAAUUUUGUCAGUGUAUUGCUGCAGGGCUGAGAAUGCAAUUUGAAAAUUCAGAGAAUAGAAACACAAAACAUAAACUUGCCUCAAAGCCUUACUUUACCCUUUACUCAAAAAAUAAAAUAUGUUGAAGUUUA